AUGGCAAUUACAGAAACUAUGGAAAAGGAGGUAAUAGAGACUAUGCAAGAAGAGGCAAAGGUGGCAAAAAUUUCAGAGGAGGAGGCAGAUCAACAUGGUGGCAAGGAACUAUACCACAAUGCCAGCUCUGUGAAAAGCUGUGAUAAGUCUCAAGUAGUGAAGUCCCGUACAGAUAAUAGCAUCAUUACUAAGCCUGAAAUAGAAGAGUUAUGCAGCAAAAAUGAUAGUUUAAGCUUUGACGUUGUUAAUUGUAAAGUUGUUGAAACUUUUACGACACCCUUUCGCGACGAAACCCGACGAUCCGGUUCGAGCCGGUUAGAAGAACCGGACCGGUUGAGGGUCGUUAGUCCGGUCCGAAGGACUGACUAUGAAGACGGUCGAUCAGACCACCGCCGCCGUUCAAAUAACGUUGACUUUGCGCCGUACACUGACGGUGCGGUGUCGUCGAAGUUUCAGUGGGAUAACCUCCUGGAAGCGAAGCAGCUCGAAAACGCAACGUCGUCGUCGAGCGGUUUCGUUUACCGGUUUUCGGGUUCAGGUCCCAUGGGCCCCACUGGGCCCCCGAGAAGUUAUGGCGGUUUCGUUUCGCAGCAGAGGGAAAAUGGAGGGGUUCAUCUUCCUCCCAGGCAUUGCGAGCAUCAACAAGUUGGGUAUGGACUCUCCGUUUCACAGCCAUAUACGUCUGCAUUAACUCCAUCGCCACCACCAUCACUGUUUGGUGGGCAAUUAGGGUUGCUUAGAAGCGUAGGGAUUGGAACAGAUGGGGAUUUUGAGCACGUGCAUGUUCAAAUUCCGAAACCAAACUCUGUUAAGGUUUCCAAUAAUAAUACGCACUGUUCCAUUAUGAACAGGGUCUUGCAAAGGAGAGAGAGGAGUGAUGGGGUUCCAUGUUCUAAUAAUGGAGGGUUUAUGUCUUCGCGGUUUCAGAGACCCAGCAUUGUGGAUUCCAUUGUGGAGAAAAUUGAUGGCGCCCUAGGUAAUAUAGACUCCUUAAGAAAAGGAACACCUUGGAAGGAGGAGGUGAAGGAUGCUGAACAACACUUUGUUGAGCCAUUGUGUUGCAGCAAGCAUGUGGUUCCCGAGUAUGGCACAGAAGAUGGACAUAGAGACAGCGAAGAAGGUUGGAGCUUAAGAGCGUAUGAGAAAAAUGCUUAUACUUAUUCAGAUUAUCAAGGUAAUUGCAAGGUUUUACCUGUGCUUGAUCAUGACCAAUAUGUAUAUAAGCAUGGAGGUGUUUUAGAUGAUAAACUUAUGAAAACAGAGGUAGAGAUGUUUGAUUUGGGGUAUGGACAUGGUGGUAAAACAUUUGAGAAUCAAAUUUGGAAUGCUUUCCCUGCUGCGUCACCUCAUUGUCACAAGCGACCACAGAAAUCUAGUUAUUCGACAGAACCUGAGGAGAGGACCCCAAGGAAGAAAGAAAUUAUCAUUCAAAAAAUCGUGACGAAGAGGUUGAGAGAUACUAGUGGUAGGAUGAUUCACCUCCCAAGUUCCCUGGGUUCUUGUCACAGGAACGUCCAUGCCCGCUUAGGCCGUCGAGUUCUUGCUGAAGAAGAACCUUGUGAAGCUGUCAAACGUAUUAAAAAGAAGGAACUAAAGAGAAAUUUGUGUGAACUUUCCAGAAGUGUCCCCGGCUCUGAUCCUUCAGAAUCAGAGGUUAAGGAAACAUCCAAACAUUCCAAGAGGUCAAAGAGUGAGCCACCUGAAGAUUCUAAGGAGUUCAAGCAACUUGUGCAGAAUGCGUUUUUUAAAUUUGUCAGACUUCUGAAUGAGAAUCCAUCACAGCGAAGAAAAUACAUAGACCGUGGGGGAGUUGAUACUCUAAGGUGCACCUUAUGCGGCAGCAAGUCGAAGGAGUUUGCCAACACACACAGCCUUGCAAUGCAUGCUUUCAACUCAACCAAGGCUCGGCAUAGAGCUGAACAUUUGGGUUUUCACAAGGCACUUUGUGUACUUUUAGGAUGGCGCGAUACACCAGCAUCGGAUGGAUUGUGGGUCCGGCAGGCUCUGCCUGCUUCUGAAGCAUCAAAUUUGAAAAAUGAUUUAAUCAUAUGGCCCCCAGUUGUUUUGAUUCACAACAGUUCUGUUACAAAUAGUAAUCCUGAUAAAAGGGUGAUCAUAAGUAUUGAAGGGUUGGAGGCUAUUCUUAAUGGUAUGGGAUUUGGUGGGGGAAAGACAAAAGUGUCCCGAGGGAAACCUGCAAAUUACAGCAUCUUGGUAGUGACCUUCAAUGCCACAUUUUCUGGAUUGCAAGAAGCAGAAAGGCUUCACAAGUUUUAUUCUGACAAGCGUCAUGGUAGGGCGGAGUUCCAACAAAUUGAUGAUGAGGGAACACAAGGUACACACAGCACAAACUUACAUAAGGAGAAUGUUUUGUAUGGUUAUCUAGGCAAUGCUGAAGAUCUCGAUAAGCUUGACUUUGAAAGUAAAAAACACUCUGUCGUGAAGAGCAAGAAGGACAUCCAAGCCAUUGUUGAUGAUACUCUCAAAGCUUCGUGAUCGAAAAUUUGAGAUCUUUCUUUAGGAGUUAGGAAGAUGGUGGGCAUUGUGCUGUCCGUUUCCAGUUUUGGAUUUUGCACGGUCAACACUCAACAGCAUUGGUUAACUAGUUUACUUUUCCAACUUUGUUUUAGAAGUUUUGGUAUGCAAAUUUAUACUUUAGUUUCUCGUAGGA